AAUGCUUCGAUAUUAACAUACAAUCGCAAAACAAUGCCACAUCCUAUUUAAUACACUUUCACGCGUGUUUUCUGGUUCUGACCCCCAACUGUACUCGGAUGAAGCUGUCAUCCAACAUGGGGCUGGUGCAGAAGAAGGAUGCUUUUCUUGACCGCUUGAUACCCUUCCGAGGCAAGAGGCCAAUCCUCCUCGAGUACCGGUCGUCAAAGGUCUUUAUUGUCUUUGCAAUGUGCUGGGCGGUCUUUACUGACGUCUUUCUUUACGGAGUCAUUGUCCCAGUCAUACCAUUUGCUCUCCAAGAUCGUGUCCAUGUAUCUGCCGACGACACGCAGCAUUGGGUUUCGGUGUUAUUGGCUGUGUAUGCUGCAGCGUUGCUCUUCUUUUCGCCCAUAUUUGGCUUUCUGGCCGAUCGGGCCGGCUCCAGGAAAACCACCUUACUUGCUGGACUUGUCAUUUUGGCUGGGUCAACUCUCAUGUUGUGCGUGGGGAAGACCAUUACAGUCCUGGUGGUCGGACGAACGCUGCAGGGCGCUUCGGCGUCGGUAGUGUGGGUCGUCGCCCUGGCCUUGAUGGCUGAUACCGUCAGCGAGGAAGAGUCAGGCAAGGCUAUGGGAUAUGUUGGUCUGGCCACUUCCUUGGGGGUUCUUGUGUCCCCAUUGAUUGGAGGAGUGGUAUACGAGAGAGCGGGAUACUACGCCGUAUUCGGCGUGACCUUUGCUGUCAUCGGCGUCGACAUCCUUUUCCGCUUCGCAUUGAUCGAGAAGAAACACGCCGCAAAAUGGUUGGAGCCCGAUAAUUCCUCGCAUUCUCCGGCUUCUCACAAUGAUGUCGAGCUUCGAGACCAAAUUGAACCACAGACUGUGGCAGAAAAGAAUGCUUCUAGCGCCGUCAUCGGCGCUGCCAGCCCACCUGCGAAACGAAAACUGCCAACAAUGCUGGUCCUCCUCAAAUCUCGGCGUAUUCUCGUUGCUUUCUGGGGCAGUAUGGUCGUGGCCAUCACAAUGACGGCCAUUGAUUCCACUCUACCUCUCUUCGUGAAUCAGAUCUUUGGAUGGGACUCGCUGGGGGCCGGCUUGGUGUUUCUGGCCCUGAUCGCACCGAGCUUCGUGGGUCCUUUGGUAGGGCAUUGGACUGACAAGUAUGGCCCUCGCUGGUUUGCAGCAUCCGGAUUAUUGUUGUGCGUGCCCUUCUGGGUGCUACUUCGGCUUGUUGACCACGACAACAUCGGCCAGGCUGUUCUUCUCUGUGUUCUUCUUGUGCUUCUGGGAGCAGCCACGACGCUUGUCAUGAUUUCAUUGCUGGCCGAGUUCAGUAAGGUGUGCGAUGUAAAGGUGCGACAAGAGCCCAAUCUGUUUGCAGGGAAGUCGGCAUAUGCUCAGAGCUAUUCAAUUUUCAACGUGGCUUGGGCUGCCGGCAGUCUGCUGGGACCUCUGAUAGCGGGUGCUGUCAAGUCGUCUGCAGGCUGGAAGACCAUGACGUGGACCAUGUCCCUUUGGUGUGCUGUAGGAGUGUUGCCUACCUUGAUGUACUCUGGUGGAAUGAUCACUAGAAGUAAAAGAUCCACCGACAGUGGUGGAGUUUUGGGGGAAGCGAGUUCUUGACCUCCCUGAUGGAUAUGAGCGUUCAUCUCCGUACAUACUAGCACAUACUAGCAGCAAGUGUUGCAUAUGAGAAGAUUUGUUGCGAGC